GACGACAGCGAGGGUCAUACAAACGGCAAUUCGACGACGAGGUCAUAGGUUCGGCGACCAACAGGCAGCGACAAUUGGGAAGGUAUUGCAAGACAUAACCGCACCCCUUCCCUAUCUCUUGCCUCGACAUCAGACGCUACACCUUUGUGUCAGCAAUCUCGUUGGUUUUCGAAUCAACACAAGCUUCCCUUCACAUCCCUUCUCCCCUUCCGAUGCCAAGUCUCUCCACACUAAAGAAACAUACCGCGAAAAUGCCUAAAACCAUCGAGAACGUUCCCAACGAGAUCUUGAAGCAUAUCUUGGUGCAAGUUCGUGAACAGUGUGGUUUCAACUCAUUGAAGAACGCGCUCCUUGUGUCUCACCUCUGGAAUGCUGCCGGUACACCAGUCUUCUACGAACACGUCGUACUUCACAAUGGCAACAUCAGCUCCUUCCUCGAAACUACGGUCGACCCGCCUGUCGAAUCUUGGAGUCUGAUACCAAAGUUGCAGUUCAUGUUCUACAACGGUAGCAGGGCUUCAGCAAGGGACGCCUCGAGCACUUUCGAAGAAGCCAAAGCCAUGUUCUCAAAGCCUUUGCCUUCUAUUGAAGAGUUGAAGGCGAGAAAAGGCAAGAAGCGAAUUCGUAACCGCGAAAGAUCGUGGGGGCAGGUUCACACCUUGACUCUCAACGUCAAGCCAGAGGGAACUGGAAAUACGCGCUAUGAGCAGCAGAACAGACAAGAAGCGGGCAAACUAACUCCAUUGGAUGUGCAGUUGAUGAGAUUGGCAAGCAUGCUGCCAAAGCACUUUCCUCUUCUCAACACCUUUUCGUUCUUUGCGGAAGAGGUGUACUUCCAUGAUAAGCUGAAGAUGGAGAGAGAAGGGCCUGGCUUCUUAGACGUUAGAGUCAUCCAUGAGCUUGUCGGAGCGUUGCCGGAGUCUUGCAUCAAUCUUUUCCUAGACACCAAUGGCCGUGAGAUCCAGUUUGGUCCAUCGUCUCCUCGCAUGUGCCUUCUCAUCCAGAACAUGAUGCUAAGACUGCGCCACCUAAAUCUGAGAGUGGCAUACGUCUGCGGCUCUAUCAUUGAGUUACCAGCCAAAGACAAAGACGAUGACGAGGAAGAAGUCGAGUAUGUCAAAGCGCCACACCUCCGCAGUCUAUCAAUCUCCUUUGUGCCCAGGAACAUUCCCUACUGGUUCGACCUGAUGUACGCUCGCAACGUCUGCAAACAAACGCACUCGCACAGCAUCACAGCAAGACUCCCCAACGAUCAUCCUCUAGGCUCCAACAGCGAGUCGAGAACAAUUCGCCUAGCAGAAGCGCUUGGAGAAGCGCUCAGCCGAGGCUGUUUCCCACACACAAAAAGCAUCCAAGUAAUUACACCGAUGAGGAUCAAUCGUCGUGGCAAGGCUUGGUCGGAAAGAGAAAACGACGAAAUGAUCAUCAUCAGAGAUAUAGUCAAAGACAAGACCCACGCACUCCAGUUCAUACCUGCCAACAGCAUGUACGUCCACGACGAAGAUCGGGCACUCAUCGAUCGCCACGGCGUCUUCGCCAUGGGAAAUCACCAGAAACUCAAGAUGAGUGCUGAAGACAGCAUGUGGGACGCCACAGCAAAAUACGGUGCCAGACUACCAAUCGAUACACCAGAUAUCCAAUUCCAGAAAUGUACUUUGAAGACCUUGUCGACCAAGAGGGAGUUGAAGUACUUUGUGGACAGUCUGAAGCGGGAGACGCAUGAGAAGAUGAAGGUUCUUCAUCGGGAUCUGACGGAAGACGAGAGACAUCCUGGGAGGGAAUUCGAGUUUGAGGGAGCAUCGUUUCCUUUCAAGGACUUUAUGCCGGAGAACUUCUGAGAACCGGAGACAGAGACGAGCUGAAAGAGCUUGAACGGAAGGACGGGAGAAUGAGCGGAGGGUCGGAAGGUUGAGCAAAGGGGUCAGGAGAUUGUAGCAUCAUUUAACCAGAGGUCG